AUGCAGGCCGGCGUGAUGCAUCCGAGCGCGUCGACCCAGGAUCUCAUCCGGGCGACCCGACCAAAGUUUCCGGAAGGCCUCAAGGUUCUGGUCGUCGUGAGAGAUGAAGCGAGACACGCGCCGAUUAAAAAGCUGCUCCAGGAGAUCGGGUACAAAGUGACGUGCGCGAACACCCUGGACAAGGGCCUCGCCGUCCUCGAAUCCGCGCAGGGCAACUCGGACGUCAACGCCCACUUCGACGUGGCGCUCGUCGAAGAGGAACAGGUUGCGCCCAUCAUGCGCGACGCCAUGCACCCCGGCACGGCGUCCGCGACGACGGCGUCGUCGCCGCUCUUCGGCCGGUUCACGACGAUGGCGAAGGAUGUUGCGAUCGUGCUGAUGCACGAGGACGAGGACGUCGCCUCCAAGACGUACAUGAUCGAGGCGAUCAAGGUUGGCGUCGUGGACGUCGUCAAGUAUCCGCUCGUCAAGCAGAGCAUGCGGACGCUCUGGCAGCACGCGGUGCGGAAGAUCAUCCGGCAGCAGGCCACCCCGGCGGACGUCGUCGCCACCGCGGGCGGCGGCGGCGCUUCCGGCGGCGGCGCGGGAAAGAAGCGCUCGUCGGAGGAUCGCGGUCGGCGGGCGCCCGGCGGUUUGAGCGUCGGCCCGGAUGGUCAGCGGCGGUCGGAUAGCGGGGACUCGUCCGCGUCGGAGGAGCGCGCGCUGAAGCGGCAGAGCAACUCGCCCACGACGGUGCUCGAGGAUGAGUCCAACCCCGGCGGCGACAAGGCGAUCAAGGCGGGAACCGCGGGUGGCGCGACGCAAGGCGGUAAUAAUUCCAACGCGAAGAAGCCGACGUCCGCCGGCGGCGCCAAGGCCAAGCCGCAGGCUCGAUCGACGCAGCAGUGGAAGGCUGCCGAGCAGCGCGGCCGGAGGCUGGCGAUCAAGCCCCACACCGCCAUGGUUCAGGGGCAGCAGGGCGCGCAGAUGGGCGGUCGGGUGGCGUACUGGAAUCCGGGUUCGCAGAUGAUGCAGGGAACCACGCAGACGAUGACGGUCAACGGACAGCAGGUUCAGGUUUGGGUGCCGAUGCAGGCGGGGUCGUACCCGACCCCCGCCGGGCAGCAGCAGCAGCCGGGGGCGGGCGGCACGCAGCCGGCGGGGGUGAGCGGGGCGCAAUCCGCGGGCGCAUCCGCCGGGGCUGGAUCAGCCUCUGCCGCGGCGGGGACCUCAUCAGCGGGGACACAGCUGGCGAGCGACGGCACGCAAGCCGCGGGCGCUCAGCCGGGACAGAGCCCGCAGCAGCAGUUCGGUCCGUCGUCGUAUCAGGGGGGCGUCCCGGUGGGACCCAACGGUCAGCCGCUGCCGAUGAUGUACCCGCAGGGGAUGGUCUUGGUGCGACAGGCGAACGGCCAGAUGGUGUACAUGCAGGCGACGCCGCAGAUGAUGCAGCAGCAUCAGAUGCAGCAGCAGGGUCAGUACAUGCAGUUCGCGCCCGGCCCGUACACCCACGGCGCCUCCGGCGACUCCACCAUGGUGGGAUCCGCGGAUGACAAGGCCCCCGCGGGCUCGCUCGCCGGACCGGACCUUAACCUCGGCGACGUGGGCCUCAAGGGCCAGCCUUUGCCCCUCGGCCUCAACCUCCGAAGGACCAACUCGCUGGAGAACAUGAUGGGCGGCGGGUUAUUGCCCAAUCAGAUCGACGCCAACGUGUUCAACGACGCCGAGCCCAUGGAGGACGACGCGCUCGAUAUGUUGCUCAGGGACGGAGGCGGUAACCUGUUCGAUAACAUGGACGACUCCAUGCUCGCGGAGGCGGCUGCAAACUCGGCGGGUGAGUUUUUCGGCAUGGUCAACGCGUGAUUUUAUUCCCGCGCGGUGAAGCGAACGGGGGGGAGCGAGAGGGUGAGUGCGACGAGAUGUGGACAAACCGCGCGCGCGCGAGCCCGUCGGGCGGCUGGCGCGCGCGAUGAUUCAACGCUUUCGCCGCCGUCGGACGCGACGACGGGGCGGAACGGACGACGAAACAGGAUACUGUUGUGCAAUACAGUUCAUGUAACAAAAAACCCCGCGUACUCGUACGC